AUGGAAAAGAUCGCCGGAAUCGGGGGCAAGGCUCACUUGUACACACAUCCAGCAGCGACUGAUGAAGAGGCCGAGCACGAUGUGUACGUGCACGAAGAGGAAGAACAGCGUAUUGGCCUGAACGACGAUGACGGCGAGUACGUGCUCGAGGUGCACCACGACAAGCGGCAUGUGUCGUCCGCCAAGAGCGCCACCUUCAACCUUGUCAACAACAUUAUUGGCGGCGGUGUGCUGGCCCUGCCGUUCGCACUGCGAUCGUCGGGCAUGAUCGUGGGCAGCGUGUUGCUCACCACGGUCGGUCUCUUAUGUGUUUAUAGUUGCUACCUGUUGCUCGAAGCCAGCAAGUACGUGGAGGAGAAGUCUUACACAGGCCUUGCCCGAGCGGUCGGAGGCAAGGGCGGAGCCAUCUUUGCCGAUCUGUGUAAUUUCAUGUUCCUCUUUGGAGCCUUGACAGGCUACAUGAUUGUCAUCGGAGACGUGCUGCUUCCCUUCACAGAGUGGCUCGGGCCGCUGCAUCACCGGUGGUUCGUUGUGGGCAUCAUCGCCACCGUCAUCGUGCUCCCUCUUUGCUUGCUGCGAAAGAUCGGUGCCCUGGCCUACACAUCGCUGGCUGCCCUGGCCUGCAUCGUCUAUCUCGUGUUCCUGGUUGCGUUUCGUUCCAUCCAAAACAUCGCGGAAGAGGGCCUGGAGAAAUCGGAGGACGAGCUCUCGUUGGCCAACUUCGCGCCGGACAUCUUCCGAUCGCUGCCCAUCAUGAGUUUCGCCUUCACCUUCCACCCCAACAUCUUCCCCAUAUUUUCUGAGAUGAGGAACCCCACGAUGUCCCGGAUGCGUGCUGUGGUCCACGCGGCGGUGCUGGUGAGCGGCCUGGCCUAUCUCAUCGUGGGCGUGUUUGGCUACCUGACCUUCUUGGAGGAGACCGAGGGCAACAUAUUCAACAACUACGACGACGACAUCCUUGUCGCGCGUAUCGCGGUGGACAGCAUCGUCCUGGAGGUCUCGCCCAACAAGGUGCCGGACAUCUCGAUCCGGUACAUUGUCAUCACCGCCUGCAUAGUGGCCCUGUCCUAUUUGCUCAGCAUCGUCAUCCCCGACAUCUCCUUCGUAUUCGGCAUCAUCGGCGCCACUGCCGGCAACUUGAUCGUGUACACGGGUCCUGGCGUCUUUUACAUGAAGCUCGCGCCCGGCCGCUACACCUCGCCCCGGAAGAUCGGCGCGGCCAUCUUGGCCGCCGUCGGGCUCGUGUUCGGCGUCAUCAGCGUGCUCGUCAUCUCUAUCGACGAAAUCAAGCAGUUGGUCGACUAA